AGUGAGGGCUCUGGGCUGACGCGGGAUAAUUCCUCUCUUGUAAUUACUUUUGGUUGGAAGUAUGCUCUUUUCCCAAAGAAGAUGGUAAUCUUGGAGAAUGACCAUGGAGAAGGGGAUGAGUUCUGGAGAAGGGCUACCUUCCAGAUCAUCUCAGGUUUCGGCUGUUAAAAUAACAGCCAAAGAGUUGGAAGCAAAGCAGUCCCAUAAAGAGAAACGAGGGGGCUUUGUGCUGGUGCAUGCAGGUGCAGGUUAUCAUUCUGAAUCCAAAGCCAAGGAAUAUAAACAUGUAUGCAAGCGAGCUUGUCAGAAGGCAAUUGAAAAGCUACAGGCUGGUGCUCUUGCGACAGAUGCAGUAACUGCAGCUCUGGUGGAACUUGAGGAUUCUCCUUUUACAAAUGCAGGAAUGGGAUCUAAUCUAAAUCUCUUAGGUGAAAUUGAGUGUGAUGCCAGCAUAAUGGAUGGAAAAUCCUUAAAUUUUGGAGCAGUUGGAGCACUGAGUGGAAUCAAGAACCCAGUCUCAGUUGCUAACAGGCUCUUGUGUGAAGGGCAGAAGGGCAAGCUCUCGGCUGGCAGAAUUCCUCCCUGUUUUUUAGUUGGAGAAGGAGCCUACAGAUGGGCAGUAGAUCAUGGAAUACCCUCUUGCCCUCCUAACAUCAUGACCACAAGAUUCAGUUUAGCUGCAUUUAAAAGAAACAAGAGGAAACUAGAGCUGGCAGAAAGGGUGGAAACAGAUUUCAUUCAACUAAAGAAAAGAAGACAAUCAAGUGAAAAGGAAAAUAACUCAGGCACUUUGGACACGGUGGGUGCUGUGGUUGUGGACCAAGAAGGAAACGUUGCUGCUGCUGUCUCCAGUGGAGGCUUGGCCUUGAAACAUCCAGGGAGAGUUGGGCAGGCUGCUCUUUAUGGAUGUGGCUGCUGGGCUGAAAAUACUGGAGCUCAAAAUCCCUAUUCCACAGCUGUGAGUACCUCAGGAUGUGGAGAGCAUCUCGUGCGCACCAUACUGGCUAGAGAAUGUUCACACGCUUUACAAGCUGAAGAUGCUCACCAAGCUCUGUUGGAGACUAUGCAAAACAAGUUUAUCAGUUCACCUUUCCUUGCUAGUGAAGAUGGUGUUCUUGGUGGAGUGAUCGUUCUCCGAUCCUGCAGAUGCUCUGCAGAGCCUGGAUCCUCCCAAAAUAAGCAGACACUUCUAGUGGAAUUUCUGUGGAGCCACACGACGGAGAGCAUGUGUGUUGGAUAUAUGUCAGCUCAGGAUGGGAAAGCCAAGACUCACAUUUCAAGACUCCCUCCUGGUGCGGUGGCAGGACAGUCCGUUGCAAUCGAAGGUGGGGUUUGCCGCCUGGAGAGCCCAGUGAACUGACCCUUUGGAUUGAGCGUGAAGCGUCUGAGAAGCAUUUCAGAACCUGAGCUUUUUGGUUUUUAACUGAAGUUGGGUGUUUUAUCUUCUUAUUUUAUAAUUCCUAUUGCAACCUCGUGCACCGCUCAAGACACAAGUGCUGCCGUAGUUAGUGCUUAGUGACACGCGGGCCUUUAGUGGGUGAGCGGGUUAUGUGUAUGCACACUCUGUGUGUGUGUGUGUGUGUGUGUGUGUGUGUGUGUGUGCUUGCUUCUCCCUUGAUGACCUAGAAGCUCCUCAUUGCAUAACCUAAGACCAGGAAUGAGUAAAUCAUCUUUACAAAAUGUGUGCUUUAACUGUUUACAAGUAAAACCUAAAGUUUCAGGAAACAUUUUUAAUUUCAUAAAGAGGUACCAGCUGUCGUUGAUGUAAUGUGUCAGAACUGAAGAGUAAAUCUACUUGUUUAAACGAUUUGACAGUGGUAGAGCUUCAUUUAAUAACAGUAAUAAGUGAUAGAGUGUUUUUAUUUGUAAACCAGUUUAAGUGGAUCCUGUGACAACUUAAACUGUUGUUCUCAUCCCUCAUACGGGGCAUUUUUCUUUAACAAAGAAUGGUUUCAGUGAAACAAUCUAGCAAAGAAUUAAGGUCAGAACCUUUUUAAAUAAUAGUCUUAUUGAUAAAGUUUGUACGUCUUUCCUCAAGCUUUUCUAAGCUUAAAUA